AUGGCAAUUCACCACAUCUGUAAUACAAAGAAUCCCACCAUGCGCCGAGAAAAUGAGUUCCUCCCGGCUCACUUGCAACGAGCUUUGCAAGGCUGGUGCAAGCAUCACCAUGUUGAGAGCGGGAUGCUUCCAAGAGGCUGUCGAUCACAGAUCGAUGAAUCAAGAUUCGCAGGGGACAGACCUGGAGGUAAUCUCUGCGUAAGAGAUGAUCUUGACUUGAGAGGAUCCAAACCAGCGGAUGAUGUCGUGCUCGAGACCAAGAAUACUCGCGAUGCUGACCAGGCUCAACUCCAACCUCGUGCUACUGUUAUUGCUGUUGACUGGGCAGUCGGUCCAAUGGACUCUGGAGCUCGACCCGAAUGUGAUAUUCGACGAUGGGCCAAGGAAUGCGCAUCGUUCGCGAGAUGUGACAAUCCCAAUCGCACUGCGGGACUGUCGUUCAAGCUUGAGUCUUGCAGCGCAUUGCAAGAUAAUACGCGAGACUCAAAUCUUUCCAGGAGUCGUUCAUCAAUGCCUUCCAUACGCUGCUGCAGGCCAUCAGUUACAGCAGUCCAUCCACCGAGUCAUCAGUCUGCAGAGUUACAUGGAUGUAUUGGAUACUGCCUGCUCGACUCUGAGCUGAGCGCUCUUGGAUGCCUGAGUUUGAUCCAUGAGCUUACGUACUCGGGACUUGCGCGUCCUGCAGGCUUCACAGACAAUAGCUACACGUCUGUCGGCUCUGCCAAAGGGGGGUCUAUUGCCAUAGCACACAGAUCUGGUCGAACUUGCCACAUACAGUGCGAUGCAGAUGAACGGUACAUGUAUGUACGUUCCAGAAGCGCGGAGAUAUGUAGGAAACCGGACAUCCGCAACGGACUCAAGUCCGUGUGGCGCAGAUCCACUGCUGGCCACAUCAAAGCUGCAGAAUGUCUACCUACAGUAUGGGAAUUUAGAAAUCUGAAGCGAGAUGGCAUGAACGAUGGGGAUUACAUGCAUAUGUGGCCAUGGUAA